AUGACCUCUCUUGCGCCCACUACACCAACUGCCCUCGACACCAGCGCGUACGACCCCGUCCAGUCUCUCUUUAACGCCUGGAAGGUCGCCAAUCCACAGUCCGCCUCGUGCCGUCGCCUCAGCAAUAGAUCAUGGCGACUCAUGAAUCUGCAGAUCCUCCAACAGUGUCCUCCGCAGAAACUCAAGUCUUCGCACUUGAUGCUUGAUGGUUUCGAAUCUCACUCCAUCCCAUUAUCUGGAUCUAGCGCCAUGUCUGGAGCUGACCCUCGUAUCAGCCCCACUAACCAAGCACUUCUCCUCUCACACGUAGACUUGACCAAUGUUCCGGAGCUGAUAGCUUCAAAUCCUCACCACACUUCUUUUCAUUAUCUGCUGGCCCAGACCAAAUCUGAAAAAGCUCAAGCGUCAGAGGAUCUGAACUUUCGCGACUUUUCCGCUGGCAUUCCUAAUUCAGCAGCACCUACAUCAACAAAACAACGCACUGAGUCAAGCAGGCCGUCUUUGUUCCUGAUUCAUUCAAACCAAGCAGCAUUCACAGUCGGCACGGGAAGCAGCAAGGGUUACAGCUCUGGCGAGGACACCUCCGAUGUGUCGGAAGAUGAAGCAUCCGAAUCUGAUUCCGACGAUGAGCCAUGCAGCGAUGAUUAUCUCGAAAAGGCGCCUCUGCUCGAAAAUUCAUCGGCAUCUCCCCGGAAAGUGGCAUCUAGUCCUGAUUUUAGUCACAGAAACCGAGACUAUCGGUUGGGUGUAGCCGAUCAGCAGACCAGUAGACAAACACUUCGCCUAGAUCUGGGUUCGGGACUCGAGCCUUCGCAAGCCUCCGAGUUUGGAGCAAAUGGUAAUAACGGGAAAGGAAAUAUUUUCUAUAUUCUGAACUCGCCCUCACCAACUGAUAAAGCACUAGCGGAGAAUUAUCCUGCAAAACGCCAGGAUUCUCUAUUCACAAAUAGUAAGGAUGCUCUUGUUUCGAGAGCUGACUUAUCAAAUAGUGUGUCAUCGUUGGAAGUUUCCGAGGAUGAAGAAGUGGACUUCGAAAUUGAUCAUUCCCAAGAAAAGAUGCAAAAGUCGACCAUUUCUGAAAUUUCACAGAGAAGCAGUAACAUCGCCGGUUCGAAGCUACUGAAAAGCGUGAAAAGUAUGAGAUCUACUGAUACCGAGAGCGAAUGGAUUUCUGUGUCAUCAGAUGGCGAUCCUGGAGAAAUGUCUCCACUCCCGCCUCCUUUGUCCUUCUGCAAACGUAUCCCUGCUCUGUCCAGCCCAAGCUCUCACAGAACUCGUGCCGAUCAUAUGGUAAAUGAGGAAAAAGUAGAAUACCUGGCGCCACGGUCUCUUCUCUCUGGACUUUUUUUAAACGAAAUGGCGCACUCAAGUAGUAAGAACUCAAACCAAAGUGUGGCGACAUUAUCCGCUUCUACCUCGCAAUCUAACUUAAAGUCCCCUGCUGAUAAGAAGCCCAUUCUUAAACGAUCAUCUACGACUGGUAUCAUUACAGUGGACAGAAAUGCCGAUAAGAAAACGAUGCAAAGACCAUCAAUCAUCCUCCUGAAGCGGUAUGCAUCAUUGUCCGAUAUUUCGCGCAAAAUUGCGAAUCAUCGCUCUCCUGUCUUGUAUGUUGCAGAAGAGGACACCGUGAAAGAAGGAGAAGCUACGGCUCCUGGUGGGGCCUCUGAUGAAAACCAAUUUGCAAAGCAAGUUUCCAGUGUGGGCUUAUCUGAUUUCAUGGUAGUAGCCAACUCUACUUCUGCUUCUUCAGUUCUUCAAUCCCAUAUCGACGGCUUAGACAAGAUUAAGAUCGUCUACCAACAGCCAAGUCAGUCGGAAUCACGUUUAUCCACUAGUUUGAGCAAAUACUCAACUGUGCAACCCAAUGCAGGCACUUCUUUCAAAAGCUUUUUAUCAAAAAGUUCGCUCAAUUUGACCUCACUUUUUGGACAGCCCAAGGCACUGUCGAAGCCUAGAUUAGAAAAGCGCAGUGGCUCAUCUGAGACUGUCAAAUCUGUCUCUACCAUAAAAAGUCCCAAGCUGGACAACAGCCCAAGCAGUCUUGAGGAUAGUCCCCUCAAGAUAGAUCAAGGCUCUAGCAGGGGUAUCAAGAUCCUGUCGUUCCCAAGAAAAGAUUUUCAACCAUCGAUUGACAUCAGCAACUCCCUCAAGGACUCCCUAUUGAUUGACCACAAAUUAGGCAAAAUUCCUCUUCCGGAGCGGGUCAUAAGCGAGGAAGACCUUUUCAAUGGUCAGGACUUCGAUGCUUUGAUGCAAGAGUCUGAUGAUUACCAUGCCAAGGGAUGGUAA